UAUCCAACAACCAUGGCCACUAAAACCUCUAGAUUUUAAAAGGGAAGUCAGGACGUUGUCCUCUUGUGCACCGGCCUAGCCUAAAAGCUGACAGUUAGCUAAGCUAGCGCCACUGAGGUGAAUCUAGCCCGUUGCUUUUCGGCUUACCUCUCUUGACUGCCUCGUCAUACGACAGGAAUCCGAUCCUCGACUCUUUGGCCCCCAUGCUCCCCUCAUUUCAUUGCGAUCUGGAUAAAUAAACGCUGCGCACUGAGUUGAUCACAAUUGUUUUGUCGCCGUAUCCGUUUAUUGUGGAGUGGGUUGCUGCUGAUGUGUGUGUGUGUGUGUGUGGUGAACGGGUGAAUGUUUUCAGCGACGCCUCCAUACUGUCACGUGAGCUGACUCUACAGGUCAGUUGAUCAGCUCCUCCGGACGCUUGUAAACACACUCAGCAUGCCAGAGACAAACGUCUUUAUGUCAACAUCAAUACUUCAUGAAGUGCUUCCCCUCUUUCUCGCGAUUAUGAGUCAAAUGCAUUCGACUCAUAAUGCGCAGUCAGUCACACCAAGCUGUCAAUAUAUGUGCGUAUCUGUAAAGUUUAGGUUGUAAAGAAGUGCGGGUAGCACCACCUUGUGGCUACUCUGCUAAACGACGCUAGUUUACAUCUAUACGUCCACCACAGCGACCUCUAGUGGUGCCACGGAUGUAUAGCUUGGCACGUAAACCAGGAACAAGCACCGAAACCAGGGAAGCACAGCUGUCCCGCUCAACUGACACGGAGAUGGGACUCCAGGUUCUGCUGUACUGGCCGAAUAUUAUUGGUUACGUUAGGAUCGGCCUUGUGUUUGCUGCAUGGGCUUCCUGUGAGACACCAGCAGUCUUUGUCCCUCUUUACUCAACCCACAUAGCACUUGAUGGAGUGGACGGCUGGUUGGCACGGAGGCUGGGCCAGACCUCCAGGUUUGGAGCCUGGCUGGACGUAGUGGUGGACAACCUGGGCAGAGGCCUGCUGUGGAGUCUGCUUUUUCAGUGGGGCUGGCUGGUGUCUGCUUUGGAGUGGUGUGUGUUUGUGUGUAACCACAAUGCCAGAGGUGACCACUGGAAGAACAGUUUCAUCACCAGCCCUCCAUUCAUCCAAGCCGUCAUGGCAAACGGGUUUCGAACACCUCUUGGCACAUGGGUGGUGAGCGGGCUGCACGGCCUCCCCCUGUGGCUCUAUGGGUGUCGGUGGGGUUUACUGACCCACUGGCUGGGUCUGCCUCUCUGGAUCCAGGCUCUGGGGACUGUGCUGCUGGCUGCAGGUCGCCUGCUGGCUCUAUCAGUGGAGAUAUGGUGUAUGUGGACACACAUCAAAUACCUCAUCAAUGACGAGCCAGAAGAGAAAAAGAACUGAAAGCCACUCAGCAGAGUUAUGCUGCCCUGUCUACGCUGGAACAAUGCUGCACCUUUAUGUGAACACUGGCCUCAGGCCACAUUUGGUUUUCUCCCAAGAAAAUGUGAAAGUUGAUUAGACGUCUACCAAACAGAGAAUAUUUCACGUAAAUAUAAGGUGGUCACGUUUGGACUGAUUUUUUUCAAUUUUCAACGACACUACCCUCUGUCCCAACUGUCCCAACUGUCCCAACUGUCCCAGGGAGGCAGCAUUUUGCACUCCCUGUAGGCUUGAAUCUAACAAUAUUUCACGUUUGGGUUGGGCUCUAAAAAACGUGAUAAAUUAUAAGCAGCAGACACUUGUCUCUGUUCAGGGAUCAAAUUAUUUUCAGUUCUGUUCAAGUUGUCUGUGAGUAAUGGAAGGUUAUUUUGUCCCUACUUCCGUCCUGACAUGAGAGCACUUCAUCCCAGGGGCAUUGGAGGGUGUUUGUCAGGGCUCUGUGGAGGACGGGCAAGUUUUUCCAAACUAAUGUGGAAAAAAACAUUUCUUCAUGGAGCUGUGCAGGUGUAGCCGUGCUGCUAGGUAGCUUGCAACACUUCAGUGUGCUGUAGAGACCAUGUUUCUGCAUGGGUAGUAAUAUUUUCCAGAAAGAUGUUUGUGGGGUUUGAAUAUCUUGACUUUUUUUUAUCUUUUUGUAAUAUGGCCGUGAAUUAUGCUCUUUCUCUUCGUUCUGGACUUCCAGAAGUUCGAGAGCAUUGAUGUGGGAGAGACCCGAUGAAGGCUUUGUUUCAGGGAGGUUAUCCUGUUGCCAUUACUGCUGCCUUGCAAUAAAAUGCUGAAAGACAGUCCUAAGAAGAGUGGUCCUUGUGUACCUACUGUACAACACAGUUAGACGACACACAUUCAGGAUUGUACUGUUCAAACACCAAUGGGCAUUCUCUAAACUGCCACGAAGUUGGUUGGGUAUAACUCUACUGUCUGAAAUAGCAUUGUCUGCUCUCUAGCAGAGAUUUCUAUUAAGUUGAGACACCCAAGGCAACAACAAAGAACAAAACGGAUGUUGUCUAUUUUCAGACUAGUGGAAAGAAAAAACAUCCAAAAUACACAU